CAUGUUUACAUUUUAAUCGAAGAUAUUGAUUUUAAUCUAUGUAUUUUUUUUAUUUUGCACUGUAAUUAAUUAAUAUUUUCUGUAAAUAUUUGGAGGUUUUUUUCAAACCAGUCAAACGACUAACAGUAUUUAUGCAACCAAAGCGCAUGCCAGGUUAAAAAUUAUCUCAUGUAUUUUUCAACGUUAGUCAUAGAAGAUUCCUAUUUCUGAAAGUGAGAAUAUUCUGUAAAUCUAGAUGAUUCACGUCAUACGUCAGCAGUUCAAACCUGUGGACUUGCACCCUGUCAGUCACUUGGUUAUUCUGAGCUGUCAGUGGUCGGUCUUUCCAGUAAUUGUCAAGAGUUUCUGUUAUUAAAAGUACAAUGCACGUGCCGGACAACCGAUUGUGUUUAUAAAAUUAUUAUUUGAAAUUUAAGACGAAGUAAAAUGUCUGUGUACUCUGGACAUUUUAGGAAUUUGGUCUGGUUCUUAUAAGCUGUAUUGUUCAUAAUGAAGAAAGUGGCUGGCAAUUUGUAUUACAUUUAAUGCAAUUAUCGCACAGGAACAAAGUUAAAGAUGAAAUCUUUAAAUGAAUAAAUUGAGGUACAAGUAAAUUUGUGUGGAAAGAAGACAUGUCAACUGAAAAUGAGUCGAUUAUUUUACCUGGAAAAAAAGUUGUUUUAGAUAUAAUAUUACUAAUGUGUGUUGGCUUUCCGAUACUGUUCAUGUUUUUAUGGGGCAGCCCCUUUCGAAGAGGAUUUUUCUGCAAUGAUGAGGAUCUUAUGCAUCCAUAUCAUCCAUCAACGGUACCAAGCAUUUACCUGUACAUUGUUGGAAUUAUUAUGAACUCUGUAGUAAUGCUGUUAAUAGAAUUUUUAAAUCAGCCACAAACCACCAGAAAAGUUUUUUUUAUUGGUUACGAAGUGCCGUUUUGGUUUUACAACUUUUAUUAUGUUAUACUUAUAUUUGCGUUUGGAAUGGCAUGUUCGCAGUUGACAACAGACAUAAUGAAAUACACGAUAGGUCGCCUUCGGCCCCAUUUUCUAACGGUUUGCUCACCAGACGUUGAUUGCUCUUCAGCAAAACAUGAGUAUCAUGUAGAGUUUAAUUGUACAAAUAGUAAAUAUAAGAAUGAUCUAAGGAUUAUGAAGGAAAUGAGAUUAUCGUUUCCUUCUGGACACUCAUCGUUUUCCAUGUACACCAUGUUAUACUUUGCCAUUUAUCUACAGAAAAGAAUGGAUUGGGAUGGGUCUAAACUGCUCAAGCACACAUUACAGUUCUUGGCCGUUUUGGCAGCAAUUUUUGUUGCUAUGACACGCAUAUCAGAUUACAAACAUCACUGGAGCGACGUUCUAAGUGGCCUAGCAAUUGGUACAGUCACUGCCUGUGUUACAGCUGGUAUUUUUUCAAAUUUAUUCCAAGGAUAUGAAAGCAAGGAAGAGUUGAUACAAAGGGAAGUAAUCGACAUGCAGCAAGUUAAUGGAAGCAAUAUGCAUGCGGUGUAAACUUUUGCAAAAUUUAAUUUCUUUUUUCAAAGUAUAAGAAUUUUCGCACCAGACGAAUCUUAUGAAUAAACAAUGAUGAUACUUUUGACAAAAUAGCCACUAAAGCAUUUCAGAUCAAAAAGAAAAUAUAAAUUAGGCCUAGCUUAUUUUGAUUGUAGCAUGAAACAUUGAUGAGUAUGGUUUUUCUAUGUAUAUUUAUAUUAAUACUUCAUGCUUUGUUUUUGAGUAUUUUAAAUUUUUUUUUAUUAGAAAAAUUGUAAAUAAUAGGCAACUAGAUGUUUAUUUAUUACGUUUAUCUUAUAGAACUGCAAUGAACUGUUAGACUUUACAGAAUGUUAUUACGUGAUUUCGAGUUGACCAAAAAUGGACGAACACAUUUAAAUUUAAAACUGUGACUCCAAAACAUUUCAUUCGUGGAUUUAAUCAUAACGAUAAGGUUGCGACUUGGAUUUUUUAACAAUUGUUUGAUAUAUUUAGCAUAUGAUAUCUCUUGAAGUUCAACAGUUCAUAUAACAAUCACCUGGCUGUAACACUUUUUACUAUUUGUAGAUAGUAAUAAAUUUAAGAGUAUAACAAUGCAACAGCAAUAGUAAAGAUUGUACGUCUGCUUAGAGAGGGUAGUGGAUUCUGGAUUCUAAAAAACAGUUUGAACUAUCAUGUUUUUGUUUUAAAACAAGAUGCAACUUGAUUGUAUUUACUGUAAAAAUAAAAGUAAAAUACACUAAAUAAUUGACGGUGGUGGAGUAGAACGAUGUUUUUGUUCAGUUUAUAUUUCAAACUUUAGUUUUGAAUCCUUCCGAUAAUUGAUAAUAGAUGUCGAUACCGCUGUGAAUCAUGUUAUUUUACUAGAGAUGUACAGUUUGGGACAUGGAAUUUCAAACGACCUGUCAAUCAUAAUGACAAUAAGGUACAUAUAAGACUACAAUGUUUUUUUUUAAAUGUCAGAAAGUUGUCGUUUGAAAUUCCGUGUCCCAAACUGUAAAAUAAGACACCCAUUUACCACAUCGGGAGCGGUCGGACAACAACACAAGAUUAAAGGUGGUACCGUUAACUAUGGAAUAAAAGCUAAAAUAUUUAUUGCAACUUAAAAACUCAAGUAAAUUUUAUUUUUAAAUU